GCUCGGGUUCUGGGCUGUUCCGCCUAGGCGACCUCUAGGACUUCCCGCAGGCCUUCACCGAAGUGCGCGUUGGAGAUCCCCUCGCCCUCAGAUCUCAUCCCCGGCCCGGCUCCCCUGCCUUUUUCCCGCUAAGCAGCUCUGCUCUGCUCGGGGACGCGUUCUGCCCAUGGCGGGGGCCGCCCCGACCACAGCCUUCGGGCAGGUGGUGAUCGGCCCGCCAGGCUCGGGGAAGACCACGUACUGCCUGGGCAUGAGUGAGUUCCUGCGCGCUCUGGGCCGGCGUGUGGCCGUGGUGAAUCUGGACCCGGCCAACGAGGGGCUGCCGUAUGAGUGCGCUGUGGACGUGGGGGAGCUGGUGGGGUUGGCUGACGUGAUGGACGCCCUGCGGCUGGGGCCCAACGGCGGCCUGCUUUACUGCAUGGAGUACCUGGAGGCCAACAUGGACUGGCUGCAUGCCAAGCUGAACCCUCUCCGCGACCACUACUUCCUCUUCGACUGCCCUGGCCAGGUGGAGCUCUGCACGCACCACGGCGCCCUGCGCAGCAUCUUCUCCCAAAUGGUGCAGUGGGACCUCAGGCUGACUGCUGUCCAUCUGGUGGAUUCUCACUACUGCACAGACCCAGCCAAGUUCAUUUCAGUACUGUGUACCUCCCUGGCCACCAUGUUGCAUGUGGAGCUGCCUCAUGUCAAUCUCCUCUCCAAAAUGGACCUCAUUGAACACUAUGGGAAGCUGGCCUUCAACCUGGACUAUUACACGGAGGUCCUGGACCUCUCCUACCUGCUUGACCACCUUACUUCGGACCCAUUCUUCCGCCACUACCGCCAGCUCAACGAGAAACUGGUGCAGCUCAUCGAAGACUACAGCCUGGUCUCCUUCAUACCUCUCAACAUCCAGGUACUGGGGACUAGGAGGCCUCUUCCUCCUGGCUUCCCCCGUGCCUGGGACCUCAUCACGUCCAGGGACAAGGAGAGCAUCCAACGAGUGCUGCAGGCUGUGGAUAAAGCCAACGGCUACUGCUUCGGGGUCCACGAGCAGCGAAGCCUGGAGGCCAUGAUGUCUGCUGCGGUGGGAGCCGACUUCCAUUUCUCCUCCACCCUGGGCAUCCAGGAGAAGUACCUGACACCCUCGGACCAGUCAGUGGAGCAGGAAGCCAUGCAGCUGUAGCCACGAGCUGGGCCCUGAGAGCAGGACUCAUCACCACAGCGCUGGGGAAACGGACGUUCCCAGUGGGCAGCAGGCUGCAGAGCCAAGGGCAAGUCCUCCCAGCCAGACCUGGGAGGCUGGCGAGGAGACAGUCAGCUCUGCAAAGCCCUGCUGGCAAGAAAAGCCAAGCAUGGCAUCACAUAGCACUGAGCAGGGCACCCACCGAUGCCCCCGGUGCUCGUGAGCUCUGGGCCCUGCCACGAGGAACGUGGAGCACUGGCCCUACUCAGACAAGGAUGGAAUGUGCUUUACUACAAUACAAGAGUUUAUUUUCUACUUUCUGUGGCUUCCAAACUUUCUUUGACCGUCCAGGUCCGGGGGUUGGAACAGAACAAAGAAUGUCUCUCUCUUUCCCCUCCAGUGGCUGCCUUUCCCCCUGAGUCCUGUUUCUUCCUAUAGGGCAGGCAGUGUUUCCCCCAGAACACAGCAUCAUACUAGAGGGUUGACACUCAGUGUCCGAUCUUGUGCUUUUGUUAAUCUUUCAUUUUAACAGAGAGUUAGCCCCAGGCUUGAGCCCUCGCAGGCAACACUUUCUAGCUAGACUUUAAACACAUUGUUUUAUUUUCAUUGUAUUUAUUUUACAGUUUUAUUCUAUUUUUGGCAAGUGCUACUAGUUUUCCAUUUAUAGUAGUGAGUAAAAGCUUACUUUAAAAAUGAAAUUAUUUAUAUAAAGUGAGUCUGUUUAAAGAAAAAAUAUUAAGUAUAUAAUAUGACAGUUUUAUGAGGGUAUGGUAAAAAUUGUGCAGAUGGCUUAAAGUUGAAAAAUACUGGAGCUUGCUUGCUUUGCUCUUGCAUCCGGUUGAGUGCAGUUUAUAUUUUCAGCCAACAGGUGGCAGCCCAGGUUCACUUUUGCAGUUGUAGCGUGGCGGCAGAAGGUGACAGAUGGACUAGGGAAGGCUGUUGUGCCAGAAGUCUUGUCUGCAGAUAUUCAGGCCCGUUAACACAUAUGAAGGGCUUGGCAUUUUACAAAGUGCUUUCACACACAUGGUCCUCCUGUGGUUCUCACAGCAGCCCCUAGAGAUAGACAAGAUGAGGAAUGUUACUAAGCCCAAUUUUACAGUGAGGAAACAGUAAGCUGAGUUUGAACUUCGGUUAGCCUGGCUGUCUCAUAGCCCACUUUGCUGAUUUCUUAAUUGCAUGUGUCCCACCUUUGAUAUACUUGCUGGUAAAAAGUCAACAGUUCUUAUCCCCAGGAUUUUGUAGCCAACCAGGAGAAAGAACCUACGCAUCUGGAAAGCACGGCUUCAGUAAAUCAAGGGGAAGAUCGUUCACUGGUGGUUUGGGCAGUUGAAGAAUUCAGUUUAGUAAAAUCUAUUCUGAAGUGGCAUUGAGAUGGGGGUGACUCAGCUUUGCCUCCCAGUUUUGAAGGCAGAAUAGUGAGGGGCUCUGAGGAGGCUCCUGUGACUGAAACAGUAUGAAAGCAGCGACCUCAGCUCCCACGCCUGGCUGUACGGAGGAUAAUAACUGGGUGCUGCUCCCAUAGCCUCUUUUAUCUGAGGAGUUCAAAGCACCUCAACCCUAUUAACACCCUGCACAGUAGGUGGGGAGUAUCAACUGAGCAAGCCAGGGAAACUGAGGCCAAGAGGCACAGCCUGGGGCUGGCUGUGAGUCACUUAUGGAGGGAGCCCAGGAAUCCUGACGCACAGGCUGCUGGACAAAUCCUUCAUCAACCAGGGCGUGAGGUGGGUGCUGUGGUCACAGAUUUUGAUGUGCAUCACUCACAGAGGUCCUUGCUGUCACCAAAGCAAACCGGGCAUGGGGCUGGACGGCAUCAUUAGAGCUUUAUGACCUUGUAUCCAAACACCCUCAGCAUUUAUUCUCUGCAUUCAUGGAGUGGAGAAGGAUGAGAAAUAAUCCAAAACAGUAUUUUCAGGCCUUGGUGUGACAACAAGGGUGU